AUGUUUGUCGUUUGUACCCUUUUGUCGGCUGUAGCCUUUUGUCGGGUGUACAUGUUUGUUGUCUGUACCCUUUUGUCGGGUGUACCCUUUUAUCGGGUGUACCUUUUUGUUGGAUGUACCCUUUUGUCGGGUUACUCUGUAUACCUCAUGAGCACCGUUCCAACCGAGCCUUUGCUUUCUGACGCUAUAUUGGUCCCAGAUUGUGAAUAUUCUAUGCGUCUUGGUGAUCCAAACGGGCCUAUAGCAACAAAUACUGUUAGAGUUGGAGAGCUUAUAUUCCAUCGUUGGGAGUGCCAAGACAGCCCCAUCUACGGCAUGUUAGUAAAGAAUUGUAGAGUUUUUGACGGUGGUAACGAAAAUGUUACUUUGAUUGAUGAGCGAGGUUGUCCAACGAAAACUGGCGUGAUUCAGAGUCCUCCGAUUUAUAGGUGAAUCUAGAACAAAUAAAAAACAAAUAAAGAACAA